GCAACGAGCAACAAGCAACAAACACUACCCACUACCCAACCCGUCCUUCGAUCCUGCUCUAAUGGCAACUGCUGUUCUUUCCAAGCAAACCUUAUCCAAAUGGUUCUCCAACAAGAGCUUCGUGCUAAGCGCCCAUCGCCUUCAUCAUCAUUCGAAACAGGAAUCAAACGAUGAACUCCAACAAAUAUUUCGUCGCUUGGACACUAAUGGGAACGGAAAGAUCGAAGGCUUUGAACUCAGAUCCUACUUUGCCUCCAUAAGGGAGUUCAUGUCACCUAAGGAGGCUCAAGGUGUGAUCAAUGAACUGGAUGCAGCAGGUGGUGACAAUUUGAUGCUCGACUUUGACGAUUUUGAGAAGUUGAUGGAACGUGAAGGUGGUAAUGAUGAUCUGAAAAGAGGUUUUGAUAUGUUCAUAAUGAAGGGUUGUGGGUCCAUUACAACAGAGGGCUUGCAGAGGAUCUUCAGUUGCCUUGGAAACAAAUUGUCCAAUGAAGAGUGCAAGAGCAUCAUACAGGCAUUCGACCUCAAUGGCGACGGUGUGAUUGAUUUCUCUGAGUUCCAGCAGCUGAUGGCUUAAUCAUAGCAAUGUGUGCAUCUGCUCUAAGCGUGUGUUUUAGCACAUGCAAAUAAGUUUAAGAACAUAAUAAAAAUAAUGGCCUUAUUUUCCACUGUUUGGUUAAGAAGGUGUAAGACAAGUGGGUGUCAUAAUAAUUAUGAGCAGGUUUGCUAUGUAUUGAGUAUGAAGUUCAAGCUCGAUCGUUUGGUAAUGUUUGUUAUCUCUAAAUGUGGCAAUUUUCUUUUCAAUUUGAGAGGAUAAAUUAGAUGGG